AAGCGAUGUGAUGUGCUGAUUGUCAUGGCCUGGAUACUGGGGUUCUGGCACUCCAUUGCUUUGCUCCUCAUGGUACUCAGCCUGCCAUUCUGUGGUCCCAACCACAUCAACCACUACUUCUGUGAUGUCAAGCCUCUUUUGAAGCUGGUCUGUAAAGAUGUUCAUGUUGUUAGUAUCUUGGCAAUUGCCAACUCUGGCAUGGUGCUUGUUGCCAUUUUUACUGUACUACUUGCUUCUUACAUACUCAUUUUAUAUUCUCUGAGGACAAGAUCAUCUGCAGGGCUACUCAAAGCACUCUCAACCUGUAGUUCACACAUAAUGGUGGUAGUUUUAUUUUUCGGGCCCUGUAUUUAUACCUAUAUUUUACCUGCAGGAAGUGAGAACAAGGAUAAGGAAAUUUCUGUGUUUUACACUGUGAUUGCCCCCAUCCUAAAUCCCCUCAUCUACACAUUGAGAAACAGUGAGAUGAAAAGCACCAUGCACAAGGUGUGGUCUCGUCUGUCACAUUUGGAGUUGAGAUAAGUGAAAGAAUC